AUGGAUAAAAGUCAAUCAGAGAUGCAAAGUGUAGGCUUCUUCGGCCUCUAUAAAGAAUCUGUAAAAACUAUCUUCUCAUGGAAGAAAAUCUUUACUCAAAUCACCCUAACUUUCAUCCUACCACUCUCUUUUAUCUGCUUGGCUCACAUCAUCGUAGACGACAUACUCAACUCGCGUAUCGAGCACUUUGAAGAUAACAAAAACCGCUACUAUCAUCGUAGGGAAUCGUCUGAAUGGAUUAGAUAUUGGACCAUUACAUUUGUAUAUUUGACCUUCCUUUUUCUCUUUUCUCUCCUGUCCACUGCCGCCAUCGUGUACACCAUAGCCAGUGUGUACACAGGUGGCGAUGUGACAUUCAAGAAAGUCUUAAAAGCCGUGCCAACAGUUUGGAAAAGACUUGCUAUAACUUUCUUGUUGAUUUACUUUGGUUUCUUUAUCUACAACGUGGUAUCGGGCGUAGUAGCUGCAAUAGCUAUUGUGUGGGCAGUUACUACACCCAACCCCACUUUUGGUGAUAUUGUGCUUUGGAUCUUGUUUAUUCUAUUUUGUAUCGGGUUUAUUUACAUAACAGCACUUUGGCAGUUGGCUAGUGUAGUUACGGUUCUGGAAAGCUCAUACGGAUUGAAAGCAAUGAGAAAAGGACAUGAUCUCAUUAAAGGAAAAAGAUGGUUAUCAUGGUUCGUAUUCUUUGUUUUAUAUUGCGCUUUUGCGGGCAUAUUGAUCUUGUUCUAUGCGUUCACGUCCAAGUUUACAUUUUUGACUAUAAUCGUCGGACUAGUGUGUCUCUUUUUACUCAUGAACUUGCUUCUACUCGGCUUCGUAGCUCAAACAAUGCUUUAUCUUGUUUGCAAGUCUCAUCAUGGCGAACCUAUCGAUAAAGUGGGAUUGUCGACUCAACUGGGAGGUUAUUUGGGCCAGGAGCCGGUGUUCAAGGUAAGCAAGGAUGUUGAGAUAGGGUACACUCAAUCUCAUCCUCAUGUAGUUGGAGUUUGA